AUGGGUACCACAGACAAAUCUAUAGCUUUAUUACAAUUCCGCAAGUCCUUUACGCACAUCCUGAAAGAAACGAAUGGUCGGGUCGACGAGGCGACGUUGGCCAAAAUCUUGCCAGAUUUCAACAAAUUGAUGCACAUUUACACACCUGAUGAUUUGGUUUCCCAGUUCAAAGAGAGCUCGGAGUUUCUACAAAUUUUAUCGGAGGUUUUGGUUCGGGAAAUUCGAAAAUUGGCGAACAAUGAGAAUAUUGCGCAAGCUGCGUUGGCCGUGUAUGGAUUAUUAAAAGCUCAUCCGCCAGAUGCGUUUGGAUGGAGCAUUGUAAAAUCGAUCAGCUUCUUGAUCAGCAGGUAUGAUUGCGUCUGUCGAUGCGACGGAAAUCGAAAAACCGCAGAGCCAGGAACAGGAUCGUUUCAUCAACAGUGUUGUGUAACAUUAUAGAGAUCUUGUAAUAUAUUCGGAAAUAACUACAGUCUGGACCUGAUCCAAAGGCAAAAAAAGUGCCGUUUUGCAUCCGGGAGUAUCAAAAAAUGUAGCAAAAUACCCCCUCUCCAAGUGAAAAAACGCCGAUUUCAAAAGAUCGCUCUUUCUGUGAGGAAUUUUUGAAAGCGGAGUUUUUUCACUUGGAAAGAGAGGUAUUUUGCCACAUUUUUGAUACUUCCCGGAUGCAAAAUGGUACUUUUUCGCCACUGGAUCAGGUCCGUGACUGUAGUUAUUCCCGAAUAGAUUGCAAUAUCUUAAUAAAGUCACACAACACUGUUGAUGAAACGAUCUUGUUCCUGGCUUCGCGGUUUUCCGAUUUCCGUCGCAUUGAGAUGAGAUUCGAACUUUUUUGCCAAAGAAACUUCGAAAUUGAUGUGGCUUUUGCAACCACGAUGAUUUAUUUGCCAUUUGGAGUCUAGAGUGACAUUUCAAAUCAUUUCCAGUGGCCAAAUCCGUCUUCUUGACCCCAUUUGCAAAGCCAGCCUUCCCAGCACACUUGUCAAGGUUUUCUACUUGUUUUUCGACCUCCCCAACGAUGUAGAUGCAGCUGAAUUGGGGCAUCGUCGACGUCUCUACGACUCUCUGGUCGUGUUGAUGUGCUCCCUCUGCGCGUACGAUGCGGUGGCCGAAGAGCUGAUCCAACGAGACGACAUGGUCCUUCUGUUCCUCGGAGCCGCCUCAACCAGCCAACUGGACGAGCAAAUUUGGCGAGACGCCAACUUCACCUUUAUCUGCACCAUUGUCCAAAGGGCCAUGAAUGAUUCGGUGUUGAAGUAUAUCCACACGAAAGGAUGCAUCUCUCAUUAUAUGCAGCAAUUGAGUGGACAGAAAAUUGAGGACUCACAGAUGUCGAUUUUGUUGGCAAACAUGUUGGACUUGCUCAAAAUUUCAGCGGAACAUACGACUUUGUUGAUCGAAGACUUUAUUGUGCUGAAUGGAUUCGACGUAGUUGUCGAAUUUUGUGUCAAGUAAGUGGGAAUCGAAGUGAAAUUGGGAUUGACGAAAUAGGAAUGUAGAAGGGUUGGGUUUGUGUUUUAUUCAAGUUGCAGUGGCGGACCUGAUUCAGUGGCAAAAACGUACCAUUUUGCAUCCAGGAAGCAUCGAAAAAUGUAGCAAAAUGCCUCCCUCUCCAAGUUAAAAAACUCCGAUUUUAAAAGCGCGCCCUUCAAAACGGAGUUUUUUAACUUGGAGAGGGAGGCAUUUUGCCACAUUUUUGAUACUUCCCGGACGCAAAGUGGUGCGUUUUUUGCCGCUGGAUCAUGUCUGCCGCUGUAAAAGUGACGAAAACAAUUUUUUUAAAUGAUUUCAUUCAAUUUUUAAAAUGUUUCCGUUUUUCAGAGCCCCCUUGAACUACAUCAAACCUCUGCUGGACGCCCUGGUCAGCCUAAUCUCCUCCGGAAAUCAGACCAUCACCCUGACCAACCCUCAAACUCCCCUCUCAUUCUAUCCAUUCCAACUUUCGUCGUCGUUGGCCCGCAGCGCCAACACCGUUCGGGUUCCCCAAGCCUUUCAAGCGUUGGAGAAAUGCUUCUACGAAGGCUCGGAACCCCUCUGUUUACUGGUCCUGGACCAUGUAGCCGGCAUUCUCAAGUCAGAACCGAUGAACUACUUCAUCCUGGACAAGCAGUACCCAUUGUACUUGUUUGUGGAGAGAAUGAAUGUCAAAUCUUUUGAAGUGCAACGAAAAACGCUGACGAUUGUGGAAAAUGUCCUCCGGAAUUUGAACUUCAUCCCUUGCAAAGAGCUGACCUCCAUCAAUAACCAUCUGAAAACGGCGGUGAAGGAGAAUGAUAUCGAGAGAAUCGAGCUGUACCAACAUUUCUUAUUUGGAAUCAUCUCGUCCAAUGUCUACAUCAAAGAUGCGUUCAGGGAAUUGCUCCAUCUGGAAAGCUUUCUAAAUAUUUUCAUGAAGAAUGGUAUUGGUAAGUUGAAUUUUGUGUUUUGGGUUUUUGAUUUUAGACAGUAUUUGGAUGGACAAGUGAAAAUAUGAGCUUACAUACCGCUGUUGUCAUUUUUACAAUCAUUUUACUACUUUUUGACAUCAAACUUUUAGUUUUGAUCGAAAAUUUCCUCAAGAAUCAGGCCUAAAUUCAAAUGGCCAUGGUUUAUGCCCUAAGGGCAUAAUUUCAAUUUUGUUCUAAUAUGGGGUUAACGGAUAUUCUAUCUGCUUAUAUCUAAAAUUUUAUCAUGAUUGGACGUUUCUGGAUUACCUUUGUGACCUUUCAAAGUUGAGAUACCUGAUUUAUAAUUUGCUGACAAGAUUUUUUUGGGGCUGUAAAAAUGAAGCUUCCAAUUGUUAGAUUUGCUCGAAAUUUGCCUCUAAUAUGCUGAAUCGAGUAAGGUUUUGCGGAUUAAAAGUAAUUUUCGGAAUUUUCCCUCCGGGCAUGCGAUCUGGCGGUUUUCUUUUUAGUUAAAAACAAAAAAAUUUUCUGUUUUUUGUGUAUUUUUUGUAAAAAAAAUUUCAAUGGUGUCCUGAAAUUUACCCAUUUCAGCAUUCGAAUCUCUUACGGAACCCGAAAAACAAUGUACACAGCGAGCAUUGGACUUGUUGGUCACCACAACGAAAGGCAAUGCCCUGAACGCCCAAUUCGUCACGGAAAACAUUGAAAUCAAAGUCAUCAAGGAUGUUUUGUCCAGUAAAAGCGAUGCUGCCGAAGACUUUCGGAACACAACUCACGUUCUGAUCAAGAAUUUGCUCUUCUCCGCGAAGAAUGAGCAACUGUUUUCGUCGUUGCUUCAGAUUUUGUUCAGCGAUCCCGGAAAUUUGGAUAUGUGCAUGGUGAUCUUGAAGUAAGAUGGGGUGUUGGGUAUUUUUUGGAGGCUAUUGGAAGGCGUCUUGGAUUUUUUGAAUGGGUUUGCACUGUGCGGAGACCAUUUUUUGACUGCCGGAGUUGGACGGUUGGGGAAAAAGACGAUUGGGAAAAAGUACGACUGGGGAAAGAAAAGUAUUAUUUUUCUUCGAUCAAAAUGUUGAAAAUACGAUAAUUGAGGGUGCUGAUUUCGAAAAUGACAUCAUUUUUGGUGUUUACUUUUUUCCUUAAGUAGUACUGUAAUGUGGUAAUUUUUUGAAUUUUUUUCACAAAUACUCGAUUUAGGGGUUUUCGAGGGUGCUGAUUUCGAAAAUGACAUUCAUUUUUUUUGAUCUUUACUUUUGUCUUUAAGUACUACUGUAAAGUAGUAAUUUUUGAUUUUUUUCACAAAUACUUGAUUUGGAGGGUUUCGACAUUGCUGAUUUCGAAAAUCUUAUUCAUUUUUUUUUGAUUUGAAAGCAGCAACAUCGAAACCCCCAAAUCGAGGGAUUUGUGAAAAAAAUUCAAAGAAUUACUACUUUACAGUACUACUUAACUAAAAAAGUAACAAUCAGAAAAAAUGAGCAUGAUUUUCGAAAUGAGCACCCUCUAAAACCCCUAAAUCGAGUAUUUAUAAAAAAAUUCAAAAAAUUACUACUUUACAGUACUACCUAAGGAAAAAAGUAACUGUCAAAAAAAUUAAUGUCAUUUUCGAAAUCAGCACCUUCGAUUAUCCCAAUUUCGACACUUGCAUCGAAAAAAGUAAUACUUUUCGGUUUCCCCAAUCGUCCCAGUUCCUUUGACUGCACAGUGCAGUUUUUUUCAUUUUCGCACAGUGCAUAUUUUUCAAAAGUUGGAAACGAUGAAAUUGAUGGCUAAAAUAAUUUUUUAAAUAUUUUUCCAGACUGUUCUCAUCAGUCCUGCUCGAAAGCCACAAAGUUCGCAUCAUGUUUCGCCGGAGCGGCGGCUACAUCUGCCUCAUGACAUUGCUCUUGCAACUGGAGGGAUCCCUACAGUGCACCUUCGACAAAACCGCCAUUUCCGACGACAUCCGCACGGCGUUGACCUACAUCUCAACCAUCUUCAAAGUCCUCACAAUCUCCAUGAGAUACGAGCCCUCGAACGCGAGGUAUUUCCUCAACGAGGUCAAGGUGAACAUAAUCAUUUCGAUCCUGCGGACGUCGGGAGCGUUCUCCAAGACCGAGAAGAUCAUGUCGGGAAGAGAGGUGUGGUCCAAAAUUACCUCUGGAAUACUGCAAGAAAAGCUGGACACAGUUCAUAAGAUUUUUGCCGACGAAAAUGUCCUAAACACCAAAAUGGAGAUGCCAAUGGAAGUUUUCGCCGCCUUGUUUUUGAUCAAACAAUUGUUUGAAUUGGGAAUGGAUGCGUUUGAUAAGUAAGUAAAGGAGGUUUAUUAUCUGGGAAAACAUAAACUUAGCAUAUUUUUACAAGAGUUUUGAGGUUUGCAGCAGAAUUUAUCUUAUUUUAGGGGUUAAGGUGAUUUUUUUUUCGAAAAUUUUUAAAAAUUGGUUUUUUAUAAGGCUUUUUUAAGCUCUGCAUGGGCUACAGAGAUCUUGUGGAUGAUUUAUUUUACAUUCGUUGUUUGAUUUUUUGCCUUUUUAAGCUAAUUACAGACCUUAUUUUACCCUAAAAGCCUAGAAAUUGUAAUUUUUUGAAAUUUCUAAUAUUAUACAUAAUUUAAAUGAGCUAAAUCUUAUCCAAAUACCUUCCCAAGAUCAUGCUAUUUCCAGACAAACCAACGACAUCCAAUGGGCCGGACCGGAUUGGCUUCGAACCGCCGAAAAUAUCGAGACCAUCCCCCUAGUCACAUGGUCAAGAUCGGUGAUCGUCCAUCCCACCUCCGUCCUCUGUAUCCUCCAACUUUUACCCUCCAUCGAAGCCCAACGAAACCGAGAAUCCCACGAACUGGACGAAUGGUCCGCUGUGGCCCAGUACUACACAGCAUUAUUGCUCAAAGCUCUGCUGCGACUGGAGAGAAACCAACAAAUAAUGUGCGACCACAACAUGCCCAAGCAUUUGCUGGACGUGGGAGAAUAUCUGUUCAAAUUGGAGAAGCAUCUACUGUUGCCACCAUUCCACUACUUGUUUGAGAGAUUGGCCUGUCAAUCGAUGCAUCCAAGGGAAUUGAGGCACUUUUUGCGGCUGGAUAAACCAUUGUGCUGCGUGAAUUUGGAUGAUAAAGUGGAUGAGGCGGAGGGAGAAGCCAAUUCGCAGAGUGGAGGACCAUUGCCGAUCCAUAGGUAAGUGUCUGAAGAAUUAGGACAUUUUAUACGAUGAAAGAUGUUUUGAUUUUUUUUUGAAAUUUAUAUCAUAUACAACGGUUUUUAAAAAAAUAUUGGGUCAAAAAAGUUAUUGUUGGCGUUGUCCACGGGAAUUUUUAUUUUAUAUCCACAUUUUAAAUGGUGAAAAAAUUCAAUUUUGACUAGAUAUUUUUUGACAUGUUUCAUCGUAUAAAAUGGUUCGCUUUGUUGGGUAAUACAUAAUUCGUCGUAUAAAAUGUCACCGUUUUGGUAAAAUACGUUGUGUGGUUGUGAUUCAUGACAUUUCUUGCAGAGUCAAAGCUUUGGUAUCAAUGUUAACACCCAGAAAUCACGCCCUGGUCCAUCCACCAGCCUUUGUCGAGUUCGACAUGGCAAUUGAAGGCUUUGCGGCUCUGUUUAUCCCAUCGUUGGCUCACUCAUCAUCCAUAAAUUCAUCAGCGUCCUCGACUCCAGAACGCCUAUUCCCACCAAUGAAUGGUCUCACAUUCAUGGCGUGGCUGUAUUUGGAUGAAACGAACAAGGCCACAUUACAUCAGAGUACGGAUGUGAAUCAAGCCGGGUAUUUCUCGAAUAUCAUUCGACUGUUGACGAUUGUAAGGAAUGGUGAUGGAGAUAUGGUCUAUGCUGGACAGGUAAGAGAGCUGGGAAUCGGAAUUGGAUGAUUUAUUUGAUGGAGAGACAUUUUAUACGCUGAAAUAUGGCCAAUUCUUGAUUUGGGGUUUUCAUCGUAUAAAAUGUCACUUUUACAAAAUUUGUGAAUGUAACCGCAAUUAUGGGAGUUAAUGGAUUUAGUAAUUUAGUUUAAGCUAGAAAGGUGACAAUUUAUACGAUGAAAAAUGCGAAAUUUUUCUUUCUGGAUUUUUUUCGUAUAAAAUGUCACCUUGAUGAGAAAAGGAAAAAUUUAAAAAAUAAAUUGCGAUUAAAAGACUGAUUAUUCAUUUUUAGACCCAAACCCAGCAUCCCCGCGCAUCAGCAAACAAGGAGACGCCAGCUUUAGAGAACCAUUUGACAUGCCUGUACAUUCAUCUUGAUGUGGCCGAAAAACAGCUUGUCGUGUGCACAGAAGAACACUCGAUGCUCGACGAACUCCGUCGAGACUAUGUCCCGCCGUCUCAGUCCGAAACCUGCGCCCGAAUCUCCCUUCCAGAGCAUGUUUGCGCCCUCAGGCAAUGGACUCACGUCAGCGUUGUGUUGUCUCGAAGUCUCCUCAAGCCGAGCCAAAUCGAAGUCUACGUUAAUGGACGACUAUUGGCAUCGCAAAAGCUGAAUUAUAUCCAACCAAAUGUCGGCGGAGCUCAGGCGCAGAUUGUGGACUCUCAUUCUGUCCACGGAUUCAUUGGAACGCCUCCGUUCUUGAGGAGAGUCACCCCAUUGAGAUGGAGAGUUGCAUCGACGUAUUUGAUAGAGGAUGUACUGCCAAACGACGUGAUUCGGAAAGCUUUUGCAGCCCAGCCACAUUAUGUCGGGAAUUUCCAGGUAAAAUGUUCGAAAUUGUGAUAAAGAAAUGUUUUUUUUUGAAUUUUGAUGAAAUUUCAAAUGAACUGAAUAUUUGAGCAUGUGAGGUAUAUUUUUGGAUAGAAUUUUGUAGAAAACCGGGGUUUUUUGUGUGAAAAAGUUUAGAAAAUUUAGAAUUUGCUCCUAAUUUUCAUCAGGUCUCGGCUCAGAAAAUUUUUUAAAAUCUCUGCUGCGUUUGGAAAGUAGCAGCUAAAAUUUUGAAGAAAAUUUUGAAGUUAUAGUUAGAUUAUACAGUGACGGACCUGAUCCAGUGGCAAAAACGUACCAUUUUGCAUACGGGAAGUAGCAUAAAAUGUGGCAAAAUGCCUCCUCUCCAAGUUAAAAAAAGUCCGGUUUGAAGAGCGCGGCCUUUCCCUCAAAAAAUGGGCGGGCGAGAUUUUGAAAUCAGAGUUUUUUCACUUGGAGAGAGAGGUGUUUUGCCACAUUUUUGAUACUUCCCGGAUGCAAAAUGAUACGUUUUUUGCCACGGUAUCAGAUCCUCCACUGUAUAACCUAACUAUAACAGAUGUUAAUUAUUCAAAAUUUUAGUUACUACUUUCCAAACACAGCGGAGAUUUUUAAAAAUUUUUGAAGACAAGCCCAGAUGAAAAUUAGGGGCAAAUUCUAAAUUUCAUAAACUUUUUUAGAAAAGAAACCCCGUUUUUUUACAAAAUUCUAUCCAAAAAUAUACCUCAAAUAGUUCGCUACUGUAGAUGAAAAAUUAAAAAAAAAUCUAGUAGAGUCUAAAAAUUAGAAAAUCGAAUCCAAAAUCUUUUCUAUAACGUUUUAAUGAUUCAUUUUUAGUCCCUCACCGACCAAGCACCCCUCGUCCCGGAGGAAAAGAUCCUCCUCUCACUCACUGCCGCCUCUCGCACCGAAUUCACCCUCCAGGCAUUCCGAUCCAUGUCCAGACGAUUGGAUACCGACCUUUGCGCAUCUCUCAUGGGCCUCUCUCCCAACGACAAUUCAACGCCAGUCCGAUUUCUUUGGAAUUCGGCAAGACACGCCCCCGGCCCUCAACGAAGUCUCGGCGCAGCGGUUGUGGGGUACCUGGGGAUGCGAACUUUCAGCCCCAGCCCGGUCUCGGCCCUUCUAGACUCAAUCGGCGGCGCUGCGCCACUUUUGGGACUGAUUGCCAUGUGCACGGACUCUCAAGGCCUCUAUGCAUCAUUGAAAGUACUCGUAUCUGCCGUCCAAACCAACAAGGCCGUCGCCGAAUCCAUUGAACGCAACAGAUUAUACCAGACUCUGGCCGUUUUAUUGGAGGAAAAGAUUCAUCUCGUCAAUUCCCAUAUAUUACACUUGAUCUUGAGCUUGGCUGGAACGGUGGACCUACAAAAGGAGGUCACGGUAAUCCCAAGUCAACAAACCUUUGAAGAUUUGCUCUGUGACCUCGAGCUGUGGAUGGGAGCCCCGGAUGAAGUGAAGAAAUUGCUGUUUGAACACUUCUACGAACUUGUUAUUGAGUAAGCAAGGGGAAUGGGUUUUUUUGAGAAAAAAUUAAUUUUUCGGGGGAAAUUGAGAGAAGAGUAGUAAAAUAUGGAAGUUCAGGGUAAUGACGGAUUUUUUUAUAGUUAUUCUUUUUAUGUUUAUGUCGUAUUUUACAUUGAAAUUUGAAAAUUAACCAAAAAAUUUUUGAUUUUUUUGAAAUUUUUUGAAACACUGGUAAAUUUGUAGUGAGAAAUAAAAAUUUAUUGAUGUAAAUUGCCGUAAGGGACUGUUUGAUGUCUUUUUUGAAUUUUUUUACGAAAAAAUAUUGUUUUAGAUUCCAAAUUUUAAAAUUUUUUUAAGCGUAUUUUACAAUAAAACUUUCAUUUUCAGUAGUCACCGAGACAAUCUGGUCAAAGUCCGCGGCUCCACUCUCCUAAAUCGCCUACUUUUAUUGGUCGCAGAGAGCCCAAAAACGUUUGUUGUGAGAAAUGACGUCAUUUUUCGCCUAAUUGGCGCAAUUAUUCAACCCCCAUGCGACUCCGCAUCCCUCCUGAGAUUUGGCCAAGCAUUAGUGUCCACACUACCAACACAAUCGCUGAAUUCGGGUGAGAAAUCGAUCGAAGCGCACUACCCGUUCCAUAUCGCGGAAUUGGAGAGAAUCCUGCUGACCCAAUGUAAUCAAGUAAAAGAAGAGGAGAGCGAUGAGAAAAUGGACCCAACCCUGUACGCGAUCUAUGUGAGAAACAAACUGUUGAACAUCUUGAACACAACUUUGGCGCACACAAGUGGAACCGUCAACUCACAGUGAGUUUUUUAUGUUGUAGUAGACAUAAAGUUGGUUUUUGAUGGAUAACUUUAAAUUUAGGGGUAAAAUUGUGGGAGUAGAGGUGUUUUCAAGCUCUAGGGACAUGUGGAGUUGUUUUGCGAGAUUUUUGAGGGGUGGAGACAUUUUAUACGAUGGAACAUGGCUGGGAGUUUUGGAUAGGUUUUGUCGUAUAAAAUGUCAUCAAGUGGGGUUUUAGUAAAUUUAAAGGUGGCAUAGACGUUUUUGGGAUAUUUUGAAGCUAAUACAAAUCGUAUUUACCUCAGUUUUAACUAAUUUUGACUUUUUUUCUUUCAGACUCUGCGAGAAUGUUGUCCAAACUCUUGGCUUUGGUUGGAUCAUGGCACUGUGCGCCCCAGGAAUCCACACCAACACCGUAUAUUUGGCGCUACGAACCCUUCUAACGGUUACAAAAUACUCAACUCUCCUUCAAAAGUUCCGAGAAGGCUCCUCGAAUAAUGGCUGGCUUCAAGACGCCGAUUCUGUCCUUCGAAAUCGAGCCGCGGUUCUGUUGGGCUUCUCGGUCUCCGCGCACGGCGGCGCUGUAGGCAGUCAUGUGGACGUGAAUCCCGAACUCAGCUCCGUUUCUGGUCUGGCGGCUCUGGAACAGCUCAUCUGCGCUCAUGCCGACCAACCCUUCGCAUAUCUUACCGUAUUGGCAUUACUUUUCAAUCAACAUGACGCCAAUAUCCAGCCGAUCGAAGAAUUCAACGUAGACCUUAUCUGGAGCCAUGUUUUCGCGCUCUCCACGAACAGCUCGGUUUACGACGCCAUCGCCAAAGUGGAGUACUGCCCGGAAGCCCUGAUCCCGCUGAUUUCGAUGCUCAGAGCCGGCCUGCAUUACAGCAGUGAGGAUGGGAAACCAGUUGAUGAUAAUCACUGGUCAAGAUCCUAUCCCAUCAUGGUCGUACAACUCCUGACCUUCUUGUAUCAGAAUCUCGAAAAUUUCGUACCACUCUGCCAUAAUGAAACAUUUGUGAUCAGUCUAUUUACAUCUUUGAUCCCUCCGAGAUCAGCCGCAAACACUCCCCAGUGCUCAACCCCGGUGUCGGCUCUCCCGCCGGCAAAUCAAAGGUGCGCCAAGAGUGUCCUGGACUUGCUGGCUAACAUACUGUUGAACGAUUUGUGCCUGCAGUAUGAUGACUACAGGACCGACUGGCUCUUCGACCAUCUGGUGGAUGUAAGUGGAAUAUUUUGAGGUUUUUUGAACGCUAACGCGAUGUUUUGGUGCUAAAAAAGAUUCAAUUUUCUUUCAGAAGACAGUAGAAGGAUGAAAAUUUUUUCACGUGUUACAUUUUAUACGAUGAAAUGUUUAAAAUUACAUUUGAAAAAAAUCAGAAAAUUUAUUUUUUUAUCGUAUAAAAUGUCACCUUAUGACAUUUUUUUAUUUAGUAGUGCCAUUGAGCGUUAUUCAAGACCUCACUUUUUUAAAUCUGAUUUUGAAAAUUUUUGAUUUUUUUUUUUUUUUUUGAGUAUCGAUAAGAUUAAAGUCCAAAAAGAUAGUAAGCCUGAUUUUACAGUACCUGGAAGGCGGCGGAGCUAUGCAUUCAUCUCAAAGCAGCCUAUUUACCGAGCUGGUGAACACCUGCCUGGAUCAUUUCAUGGCCUCGGACAUGUUCUUUGCCAACUCCUCCCUCAACAUUCCCAAAUCGACGGAGGGUCGGCUCAAUCCCAGCUCCGAACAGACCGCCAUCAACGUCAUACACUUCCUUUCACGUGUCAUCGACUCGGUCUGGAACUGUUUGUACAGAGGGAAUCCGGUGAAAAUUUUGAAAUGCUUCCUCAAAUUGCUGGCCGAAAGCCAUACCGCCAACAAAGCGGCGGCUCAAUUGGCCUGCACGGACGCUCAUUUGAACGCAUUGUUCCGGAUUGUUCUAUAUUUGCUGAGCAGACCCAUUGAUAAUGUGGACAGUAAGUAAUUUUUUUGGAUUUUGAAUUUUCUGCCAAAUUUUGAUUUUUUUGGCAUUAUGUUGCAAGGUGCCCAAAAUGGUCUACAUUGCGAAAUUAGGGUAUUUCUACUACGUAUCGGUGAUUCAGAUCAAUAUUUGCGAGAUAUAAUUUUGAAGUUUUGAUUUUCCCGGCAAAUGAAAUAAAUCUUGGCAUUAUGUUGCAAGCCGCCGAAAAUGGUCUACAUUGCGAAAUUAAGGUAGAGUACGCUGAAUUCCACUACAAAUCGAUGUUCUGACCAAUAUUUUCGAGACUUGAUUUUGAAAAUUUAGUUUUCCGCCAAAUGAAAGAAAUCUUGGCAUUGUGUUGCAAGGUUUAGAAAAUUAUUAAAAGUUGAAGAAAUCGGGUAAAAUACGGCACAUUCAACUGCGUAUCUAUCAAUAGGGUCAACAUUUUUCACGUGGUUUCUUUAAAUUUUGAAUUUUCGAAAAAUUUGCAAAUUCUUGGCGUUGUGUUUUAAAAAUUGAUAAAAUCAAAGAAAAUUUUUGUAUCUUCCAGCCCAAACCUCAGUGGUCGACACACUUGCCGAAAUCAUCAGAAAUCAACACAUUUUACUCUCGGCCAAUAGCAACAACCCCCUAUUCUACGGAGCCCUGGUUCACCUCGUUUUUAUGCUCAGUGAGCCGCCAGAUCUCCAAUCAUCCAACAAACACCUCGAAAGAGGCUCGGCCCAGGUCUCGGUCUGCGCCCAAUCCGUCUGGGGAAUCCUUUGGCAGCAGAAGAAACAGCUGCUGGAGGAGAUUUUCAAACGAAACGUGGAACUUGACCUGUAUUCGGCCAGAGCGGCGUGUGGCGAAUCCGCCAACAGGUAUUGGCUGCAGUUUGUGGACGUUCAAGCGCAAGGCAACGCAAAUCUGGCCCCGCAAACGGCGUCGUUAACGUCGAGUGCGAGACAAGUGGGCGGGCAAUUGCAACAUCAAAUUCAGUCGAGAUUGUCGAGAGUGGCAAGGUCAGGGUUCAAGAGAUUGACCUCACGGAAGUCGAUGUCACAGGAGAAACAGUUCUUUCAGGUAUAAAAGGGGGAUAUGAAAGUUUGGCGGUCUCUUGAGCUUGUGGGAAAAGCCUGAAUUCAUGGAACUUUUAGCUUUCGUUUUGUCGCGAUAUUCAGCAAUCUUUUCUAUAGGGAUAGUACGAGAUAUAUGAGGAGAGGAUCUGUUAGAAAGAAAAACGCCUUUUCCUUAUGCUUUUAAAAAUUUUGCCUGGGGAAAAUUGGUUUUUUUUGGAAUUUUCUCGGUAUGCCAAUCCACCUUCCAACCAGUACAGUGAAGGGCGUGAUCCAGUGGCAAAAACGUACCAUUUUGCAUCAGGGAAGUACCAAAAAUUGUGGCAAAAUGCCUCACUCUCCAAUUGAAAAACUCCGUUUUAAUGGGCGCGCCGAUUUCCUCACAAAAAGACGCCUUUGAAAUCGGGGUUUUUCACUUGGGGAAGGAGGUAUUUUGCGGCAUUUUUUGAUACUUCCCGGAAGCAAAAUGGUACGUUUUUCGCCACUGGAUCAGGUCCGCCGGUGUAAAAAUACGUCGAGUUGUUGGCAUCGUCUGUGUUUUUGGCUCUACGAAAUCCCAAAAAAAAAAUCAAGUUUCUCCGGGCAAAAGUUUGUGAGAGUAUAAGGAAAAGACGUUUUUCUUUCUGAAAGGUCUCAUAUUUCGUAGUGUCCCUGUAGAAAACAUUGCUGAAUAGUUGGAGGCGCCUGUAAGAUCGGAGCUGUGAUUUUUGGCGCUACGACAUUUCGGGUCAGGGACAACUCGGGUCGCGACAACUCGGGUCAACGACACCUCGGGUCAACGACAUUUCGGGUCAACGAUGCCGUUUAAUAUUUUCGCUUCGGGACUGGGAAAAAAGAAUUUUUUGGCAAAUUUGAAAAAUUUUUGAAAUGUUUUCGCUUCGGGACUUGGAAAAAAGAUUUUUUUGGUAAAUUUGAACAAAAUUUUUAAAUUUUUUCGCUUUGGAACUUGGGAAAAAGAAUUUUUUUGAGAGUUUGAACAAAUUUUUAAAAUGUUUUCGCUACGGGACUGGGGAAAAAGAAUUUUUUGAAGAAUUAAGGUUUAUUUUUUAAUUUUUAUAGGGAAAUAGUGUAUAAGCGACGAGCAAAUAAGAAAAUAGUAUCCAUUGUCUAUGUUUUUAACUGGAAGCACGGGAUUUAAACGCAGACAGUGCCAGAGAGUGGAGUAAGAAGAUAGUCGUAAUGAUUGCACGCACAUAACGAUUUUCUUAUUUGCUCCUCGCUUAUAAACACUAUUUUCCCAAAAAAUUUUUAAAAUAAACCUCAAUUACCUCUAAAAUAACUAUUUACCUAAAAAAUUAAAGAAAUAACAUUCGUACCUUAUGUAAAAUAAAAUUGUAACAUUCAGAACAAAAAAAAUCCUUUUCCCAAUUCCCGAAGCGAAAAAUUUUCAAAAAUUUGUUCAAACUCUUCAAAAAAUUCCUUUUUUCCAAGUCCCGAAGCAAAAAAAUUUGAAAAAUUUUUUAAAUUCACCAAAAAAUUCUUUUUUCCCAGUCUCGAAGCGAAAAUAUUAAACGGUAUCGUUGACCCGAAAUGUCGUUGACCCGAGGUGUCGUUGACCCGAAGUGUCGUUGACCCGAAGUGUCGUUGACCCGAGUUGUCGUUGACCCGAGUUGUCGCGACCCGAGUUGUCCCUGACCCGAAAUGUCGGGACGCGUGAUUUUUGGCAAUUCAUAAGUAGCCUAUGCAGGUUCUUGUAAUGGUGACGGUUUGCAAUUUCUAGCCGGCCCAAUUCCACUACGAGCGGCCAAAAGUCGAACCGGAGACCUUCCAAAUGUGGAUGAGAGUCCACGUCAGCCUAUUAAAAGAGUUGAUGAGGACCCAAAAACAACGCUACACAGAAUGGCACACGCAUGUUCGCAAAUGGUGCAUGCAGGAUUGGCAUCUAGCUGAAGCCGAGCUGACUCGAGAGCGAGGACUUUGGGGACCGGAAAAGAAGUCGGAGCUGGAUAAAUAUCAGUUGGACACGACGGAAGGACCAUGCCGAGUGAGGAAGAAGUUGCUGCCGGACCCAACGUUCUAUCAACGAUAUCCGUACAGACCGUAUUUGGAUUCGGUGGAAUCGGUGAGUAGUAAUACAGUGACGGACCUGGUCCAGUGGCAAAAAACGAACCGUUUUGCAUCCGGGAAGUAUCAAAAAAUGUGGCAAAAUACCUCCCUCUCCAAGUGAAAAACUCCGUUUUGAAGGGCGCCCUCACAAAAGAGCGGGCGCGCUUUUGAAAACGAAGUUUUUUAGUUGGAAAGGGAGGUAUUUUGCCGCAUUUUUUAGCUACUUCCCGGAUGCAAAGUGGUAUAAUUUGGCGAAUAUGACUAUGGCUUUUGACACGCAUUUUUAUUAACUAACAAGAGAAGAUUAUUUUUAUGAAAAAAUUAGCGAAACGCCAAUUUUAACUAACAAAAAAACGCGCCAGUAAAAACGCCGGAUAAUUAUGCAUCAACCUAAUAUAAUAUUUGACUGACGAAGCGAAUUUUAGAAGUCGGUCCGAGCCAAGUUCGCCAUCUCCAAAGACUCCAAACAAUACUAUGAACGAAUGAAAAGCCGCCGUUUCCACACCAUGGACGAACGAAUUGUGGAUCGCUCUCAACCCAACGCCACAGCUCCCCCGAAUCCAAAUGGAACUGUUUAUAAUAACGAAAAUAUUGUGCUGGACCCAACCACCGAGCUCAACAUCUCGAUGAUCAAACGGAUGGUCACAAAAAAUUUGCAAAUUGAAAACAAGAAAAAGGAGGUGGAAAAGGGAGGAGAGGACCAAGUUGAUGAGCAUGUAAUUAAAGAUGAAGAAGAAGAGGACUCGGAUUCGUUGGACGAAUCCGAAUCCAAGGAAAAAAGCGAGGGAAAUGAGGAGAAAUCGGAAGAAAAAGAGGAAAAGACGGAGGCGAGGAAAUCAAGUGUGAACAAAGAAAAGAAUGGGAAUGAUAAGCAAAUGGGGAAUGGACCCGACAAUCAGACAUUGCUGAGGCUGCUGGAGACUGGCGAACAACUGCAUUCAAUGUUUAGAUGCGCGAGAGUCCAGGGCUUGGAUACGAUUGAAGGUAAGGAGGGUUUUGUUGGAAUGGUGGAAAAGUAUCGUUUUUUUUAUAUUGAUAUCGAUACAAAAUGAGCUAAAAUAGGGUUGGAGAGGAAGCCAAGAUUAUUAAAAAAAAUUUUUUUGGGGGGAAACAUUAAUCGAUUUUGAAAAAAUACAUAAAAAAUUUGAUAUCAAAAAGUAUCACAGAGCCAAAAAAGUUUCUUCUUUUGAAAGAAGAAUCCUUUUUUUUCUAUCUCUGCCGUACAUGUCGAUGUUAAUUUUGGGUUUAUUAGACCUCGAUCAAUUUGCUCAAAAGCUCUGGCACUACAGUGGCGGAUGAUCCAGUGGCAAAGAACGUAGCAUUUUGCAUCCGGUUAGUAUCAAAAAAUGUAGCAAAAUACCUAUUUCUCCAAGUAAAAAAACUCCGAUUUCAAAAAAAAGUCCGCCAGCUCUUUUUGUGAGAGAAAGGGUUCCAUUCAAUUUUUUUAGUUGGAGAGGGAGGCAUUUUGCUACAUUUUUUGAUACUUCCCGGAUGCAAAAUGGUACGUCUUUUGCUACUGAAUCAAGUCCGUCACUGUAGAUAUUACGCUUGCUCUGGAAAUUUUGCAAAGCUUUUUUAGAAAGCAGCUUAUGUUUAGAACCUAAUUUCACCAUUUUCUGUCGAGUUUAGUUUGGGGACGGACUAAGUUUUUGCCGGAGGACGUUGUUAGGUUAUAUUGUAGAAUAAGUAGCCUAUACGUACUGUUCAUUUGUCAAUUUAUACAAAUAAUUUUGCAAGAAAGUAAAUAAAAAUUCGACACUAUUUCAAAUAACAGUGAUAUUCCGAGCAUUGAUCUUCUUUCGCAUUUAGAAUUUCCAUUUUUGGAGAUGGGAAGAUUUCUUUUGGUAGUAAAUGUUCUGAAAAUGAAAAAAUCGUGCUAAAAAAUUUCAAAAAAUGACUUACCUCCUAAUACUGAGAUACAGGUGUAAUUCCCAUCUUCAUCAUAUCCUUCAACCAUAAUAAUCAGUAAUUGUAAAAAUAAAAUUUUCAGGAUGAAAUGUUUUGAUCGAUCCAUUUCUGUAUCGGCGGUCUGAAUGAAAAAAACAUGAAAAAUAGCUUUGAUCCGAUUUUCUUUAUGCAAAAACUCUCGUUUCGAAAAACACAUUGUGUUUUGAUCCAUGUCCAUGAAUCAGAAUUCCAAUACCACCCAGCAAAGAGUAACAUUUUCGUAUACAAAUCAACGAAUUAAUGGGGUUUUUAGGACAAUCAGUGACUAAUUUUUAUUGUUUUGGGAAGCACUGAUAAAAUGGGAUGAAAAAAAUGAAAAAUUAUUGAAAGAUGACAAUGAAUAACAUAAGUGACGGUUGUCCCUACAAAAGGUUGAUUGGAAAGUGGUAAAAAAUAUUAAUAAUCUUGUUUUCCGGGAGUUUUGACAGCCAAAAAAGGUUGGAAAAGACGUCAAAGAGGAUCCGAAUUUGGUAUCAAAAAGUAUCCAGGGAUAUAAAAAGAUUGGUGAGUAGAUUUGGUGAGGAAAGUUCUGUUUUUCCCAACCAACAAUCUUUGUAUAUCUUUGCGAUACUUUUUGAUACCAAAUUCGCAUCCACUUUGACGUCUUUUUCGACCUUUUUUGGCUCUCAAAACUCCCGAAACAAGGUUAUUAAUAUUUUUUUUAUCACCUUCCAAUCAACCUUUUGCAGUGACAACAGUCAUUUAUGUUAUUCAUUGUCAUCUUUCAAUAAUUUUUCAUUUUUCCCCCGUUUUAUGAGUUAUUUCACCAAACAAUAAAAAUGACGUCUUUUUGGACUUUUUUGACCGAAGAAGUGAGUGGCACAAUGGUUAACCCAAAAUUUUAGACGAAGUGGAAUGUAAUUAAUACCCGUUUAUUUCCUCAUAGACAACAAAAACUUGGUUAUAGUCCGCUCGCAAAGUCGCUGGAGUGGUGUCGGCGACAUGCACUGUGAGAAAACAAAAGUUCACUUUGGCAAAGUUCACUUUUGUUUUUUCACGGAAUUUUUCGACUUUUUGCACAAUGACUUUUUUGGGCUGUCGCUCGCACCCUGACUUUUUCGUAAAAGUCAGGAUGCGAGCGACAGUCCGAAAAAGCCUAUUGCACGGUGCGAAAAGAAAGAAACUGCACAGUGCAAAGUAAAAUUUUGUUUUCGCACAGUGCAAGUCGCAAAAAUCACUUCAGCGACGUUAUGAAGGGACUAUUACCUUCUUGGGCAGUUUUUUUUUAUCCGAAACAGAGACGUUUUUUCCAGUUAGUGUGGUCCGGUUGGAACACUCUGCAAUGAACCCGCCAUAAUUUAUCUUAUGACGACGGAUUACGAUUUUAAUUAUAGACGAGGGAAAUUUACUUAAAAUUAGAAGGUAUGAAUUAAGACGCAUUAAAGUGUUUUGAAAAAUUUCACUGUGUUUCCUCCAAAGUCGACUUUUGUUAUGCAGAGGCCAGUGGAAUUACGUAUUCGCGCCAGGUGAUAACCUUUGGCCACAGGUCGUACUGUUUUCAAAUGGAAAAAGUUUUGAAAUGGAGAGCACCGAUGCCAGGUCAAAAAAAAGAAAUCACAGCAAGCCCGAAUUUGGUAUCAAAAAGUAUCGUAAAGGAAACAAAAAGGCUGUGGAUCUCAAUGACAAAAAUUCGUGCCAGAUGAUAACCUUUGGCCACAGGUCGUACUGUUUUUUGAAGUGGAAAAAGUUUUGAAAUUGAGAGCAACGCUGCCAGUAGAUAAAAGUGGUCGAAAAAAAGGUCAAGAUAAGCUUGAAUUUGUUAUCAAAAAGUAUGGUAAAACAAAAAGACUGAUGGUUUUGAAAAGAGUGACAAUUUUAGUCAUCAAAAUCAACAGUCUUUUUGUUUUUUGCGAUACUUUUUGAUACCAAAUUCGAGUUUAUUUUGGCCUUUUUCGACUACUUUUAUCGACUGGAAGCGGUGCUCGCAAUUUCAACAUUUUUUCCUUUUUAAAAAACAGUAUGACCAGUGGCCAAAAGUCAUCACCUGGCACGAAUUUUUUUCAUUGAGAUCAACAGUUUUUUUGUUUCUUUUAGGAUACUUUUUGAUACCAAAUUUGGGCCUGCUGUGAUUUUUUUGACCUUUCUCAUUGGCCCAGGGUAUUUUUGCUAGUUUUUUUGACUGUUUACAGAACUUUUUUAACAAUGCGCACAUUCCAGGCCUCCUCCUGUUUGGCCGACAUCAUUUCUACGUUGUGGAUGGGUUCACUCUCCUCAAAACCCGCGAAAUUCGCGAUCUCGACUUCCUUCCCGAGCAAUAUCAUGAUCCCAUCAUCCCGUACAUGGCCAUGGGCUCGCAACAUCGAAUGUCGACUCGCGCCAACCGUCAAUGCAACAAAUUCGCGUAUGAAGACAUUCGAGAUGUCCAUAAAAGACGAUACCUUCUUCAACCAAUUGCGUUGGAGCUGUUUAGCGGCGAUGGUCGCAAUUUUUUGAUCGCAUUCCCGAGGAAAAUCCGAGAUCGGGUCCAUCAGAAAUUGCUGACCCUGGCCAAGAAGAGUAGUACAGAGGAAAAAGAUUCCGGCGCGUUUUUGGGCCAGAUUCUACCGUUCGGACAAUCCACGAUGACUCAGAAAUGGGUCAGGGGAGAGGUUUCCAACUUUAAUUACCUCAUGCAUCUGAACACGCUGGCUGGUAGAACCUACAAUGAUCUGAGUCAAUAUCCGGUGUUCCCGUGGAUUUUGAAGGCAAGUUUAGAGGUUUUGGGGGUUGAAAAGCAUUUGCUAAAUUUUUGGAAAUUGAAAGGCUUGUGCUAAAAAUUUUUUAAAGGUAAAAUACGUUGAUUUGUGGGGGUGCUACAGUGACGGAUCUGAUCCAGUGGCAAAAAAUGUACCAUUUUGCAUCCGGGAAGUAUCAAAAAUGUGGCAAAAUACCUCCCUUUCCAAGUGAAAAAACUCCGAUUUCAAAAGCGCGCCCGCUCCCUUCAAAACGGAGUUUUUUGGGAGGCAUUUUGCCACAUUUUGUGAUACUUUUGCAUGCAAAAUGGUACAUUUUUUGCCACUGGAUCAGGUCCGUCACUGAAUUUGGAAUCGAAAAAAAAAAUUGAUUUCAAUGUUGUUUUUAUGAGGCACCCUUCAAAACGGAGUUUUUUCACUUGGAGAGGGAGGUAUUUUGCCACAUUUUUUGAUACUUCUUGGGUUAAAAUGGUACGUUUUUUGCGACAGGUAGACCUUUCGAAUUGACAAACUUUUUUCAGGACUACGACAGUGAUUCCUUGGACCUAACGAAGCCUUGCACUUUCCGCGACCUCUCCAAACCAAUGGGCGCUCAAACCCCGGAGAGAUUGGCUCAGUUCCUCAAAAGGUUCCGCGAAUGGGACGAUCCAAGUGGAGACACCCCUCCAUACAUGUACGGAACGCAUUACUCGUCGGCCAUGAUUGUAUUGUCGUAUCUGGUUCGGUUGGAGCCAUUUACUCAGCAGUUCUUGAAAUUACAGGUAAGUUUUUUGGGGAAAAAAUUAUGUUUUAAAAAUUUUUUAUUUUAAAAGAUGGUUUUUUACAAGUUUUUUUGGUAAUCUGAAUUCUUCUCAUACCAGGGAGGUCAUUUUGACUUGGCCGAUCGAAUGUUCCACUCGGUUGGGGACGCCUUUAAAUCCGCCGCCAAGAAUAAUAUGGCGGAUGUCAAGGAGUUGAUCCCCGAGUUCUUCUAUCUCCCGGAAAUGUUCAAAAACUCCAAUUCGUAUGAUUUGGGAGUAAAACAGAACGGAGUCCCCCUGAACGAUAUCAUUUUACCCGCCUGGGCUCAUGGCGAUCCCAUCGAAUUUGUGCGAAAACAUCGGGAAGCCCUGGAAAGCGACUAUGUCAGCGAGCAUCUGCAUGAAUGGAUCGAUCUGAUUUUUGGGUUUAAGCAGAAUGGAGAGGCUGCAAAGUGAGUAAUUUUGAUUUUUGUUUGUUUUUUUGAAUUUUUGGCCGGAUAUUUUUCAAGUUUUAUAUUGCAUUGGCAGACCUGAUCCAGUGACAAAAAACGUACUAUUUUGCAUCUGGGGAGUAUCAAAAAAAAUGUGGCAAAAUGCAUCCUUCUUCAACGGAAAAACUCCGAUUUGAAAAGCGCAUCCGAUCUUUUUUGUGAAAGCGCGCUUAAAAAAGGAGGUUUUUUUAGUUGCAGAGGGAGGCAUUUUGCUACAUUUUUUGAUACUUUCCGGACGCAAAAUGGCACAUUUUUUCAUUGGAUCAGGUCCGACACUGUACAGUGAGGGACCAGGGGCCUGUUUCAUCAACGAAAAAUAAAUAAAAUAAACGAAAGGGAAAGCGAGAGAACACCCAAAACACGUUUCGAAGCGAGAGAGUCGCGACAGAUUAGUAGAGACCAUCUAUAGAGCGGCGCAUUUAUCACAGCGAUCGGAGUGACUUUUUACGUCCAAAACGGGGGGUUCUCAGCAGUAAUCAGUGGAUAACUCGGCUCCCGGUGGUCGUAGAAUCACCCUUCCAAAAACCAAAUAAAGCUAUUCCCUAGAGCUACGUGAUAUCCAAAUUUCAUAUUUAUAUUUCAAAAAAUGAACUCAGUAGACACCUAGUAGAUCGUAGUAUUCAACUUUUUUGACGUUUUUUUCUGAAAAACGUUAUUAUUUCAGUCAAUUUUUAACAUAAUGGGAUAAAAUUGGUAUCAGUCGAUAGCCAAACCUUUACUCUACAAACCUUUUUUAGAGGGGCGGUUUAUUUCAAAAAAUGAACUCGGUAGACACCUAGUAGAUCACAGUAUUUACGCUUUUUUUACGUUUUUUCCGGAAAAAACUUUGUUUUUCACUCAGUCUUUAACAUAAUGGGAUAAAAUUAGUACCAGUCGAUAGCCCAACGUCUAAUCUAUAAAAAAUUUUUAGAGGGGCGGCUUCUUUUGCCCUGUGGCCUGCGAAACGUCUAUGUUUACUGUCAUGAACCACCGUUUUUGACACAAAAAACCAUCCCGUUUCGAGGGCCCUUUUCCUCUCUUUUGGUUUUUUCGGAAACGAUCGAAGGACUUUUUACGCAAAUAGAAGACAUCGUCUCACGAAAUUGAACGUUUCGCAGGCCACAGGGCAAAAGAAGCCGCCCCUCUAAAAAUUUUUUAUAGAUUAGACGUUGGGCUAUCGACUGGUACUAAUUUUAUCCCAUUAUGUUAAAGACUGAGUGAAAAACAAAGGUUUUUUUCGAAAAAACGUAAAAAAAGCGUAAAUACUGUGAUCUACUAGGUGUCUACCGAGUUCAUUUUUUGAAGUAAACCGCCCCUCUAAAAAAGUUUUGUAGAGUAAACGUUUGGCUAUCGACUGGUACCAAUUUUAUCCCAUUAUGUUAAAAAUUGACUGAAAUAAUAACGUUUUUCAGAAAAAAACGUCAAAAAAGUUGAAUACUACGAUCUACUAGGUGUCUACUGAGUUCAUUUUUUGAAGUAUAAAUAUGAAAUUUGGAUAUCACGUAGCUCUAAGGAAUAGCUUUAUUUGGUUUUUGGAAGGGUGAUUCUACGACCACCGGGAGCCGAGUUAUCCACUGAUUACUGCUGAGAACCCCCCGUUUUGGACGUAAAAAGUCACUCCGAUCGCUGUGAUAAAUGCGCCGCUCUAUAGAUGGUCUCUACUAAUCUGUCGCGACUCUCUCGCUUCGAAACGUGUUUUGGGUGUUCUCUCGCUUUCCCUUUCGUUUAUUUUAUUUAUUUUUCGUUGAUGAAACAGGCCCCUGAUCCAAUGGCAAAAAACGUCUCACUUUGCAUCCCGGAAGGGACCUAACUGACUCCAAAUCCUUCCCUUCUCUAACAAGGGAAGUCACUUAAAUCACGGAUCGAUUUUGUAAAACGACUGUUACAGCGAUGAAGAGGAUAGGACAGAGAUAUCAAAUCUAAAAACCGCUACCUCCACCGGCCUCUGGGAGCCGAGAUAAUCGACCAAAAAGUUUGACCAAAUUCUUCCGAACAUUUCUUCAUUCCGAAAGAAGAGAACGCAGCGAACCGAAUGGUUCAGUGGUCUGGAAGCGCGCUUCCGGGCCUACACCUUUUCAAGUUCGAAUCCGCGCGGGUCUCGAACUUGUGCAAAAUUUAUAAAACAGUUGCUGUGAUCCAGUAAAUUUCCUAGGAAUUUAUUUUUAGAUUUUUUGCCUAUUUCACGGUAAAUUUUCAACCUUGAAAAUUCGAAUCGUUUGGAACUCGCAUUUAAAACGCGUUUUGCCACACUUUGGAGCUUAGCCUAACAGAGGGCGGACAUUGUUAAAAUCGGCAUCUCAGAAUUGAACGAAAAUUGGUCAACCUAAUCACUGAUAGGCACAAAACAUUCGCUUUCUUUGUUUUUGCCCAAAAUUACCGUAUGACGGCAUACUGUAACAUCAUUUUUUAAAAAAGAUAUGCCCUAAUCGAGAAAACGAAGCGCUAUUUCAGCGCAAAUUGAGUUCGGGUAUAUGUUUUCGAUCAUGUAGAACAUUUUUGUAAUUGUCACCGAAAACUAAAAAUUACAUCUAAGCUAUGUUACACUUGAGACAACAUACCAUUUCGGGUAUAAAAAAUGCAGUUCGGACGAGGCGCAGAUUUUGAAACCGGAAUACUAAACCUCAAGCCUCGUCUAACAAACCAUUAAAAUUUUAGAAAGAUCAAAUAUAUAGUUUUUGAGAUAUCGGACAUUCAAUGUCUCAUGUGCAAGAUCACCUUGACCCCGAAAAAAUCUGGCAUUCUUAGGUUUUUGGCUAGGCGCAGAUUUUGAAAGUUUCCAAUACAUUUUUAUGACAUUUUAGGAGGAUAUAGAAAGUUUCAGAGGAAAAAAAUGAAUAGUUUUUGAGAAAUCGGCCAAAAUACCUUGUUUUAGGUCAUCAGAUGCCCGAAAAAAUCUGGCAUUCUUAGGUUUUUGGCUAGGCGCAGAUUCUGAAAGUUUCCAAUACAUUUUUAUGACAUUUUAGGAUGAUACAGGAAGGUUCAUAGGAAAAGAAUGAAUAGUUUUUGAGAAAUCGACCAAAAUACCUUGUUUUAGGUCAUCAGAUGCCCGAAAAAAUCUGGCAUUCUUAGGUUUUUGGCUAGGCGCAGAUUUUGAAAGUUUCCAAUACAUUUUUAUGACAUUUUAGGAGGAUAUAGAAAGUUUCAGAGGAAAAAAAUGAAUAGUUUUUGAGAAAUCGGCCCAAAUAUCUUGUUUUAGGUCAUCAGAACACAGAAUCGUACCCUUCGGCGCACGUCAAGAAAUUUCGGGCAUUGCAAAGGUUCUCACAGCGAAAAAAAAUUCAUAAAAUCUGUCAUCCAAAUUGCACAUAACAGCAAUUUUUAACCUAAUUUUUUUACGGGAACUAUAGAGAGUACUACUACUCGUAUACAACUGUUUUUUGUACCGCUGGUACAUUCUAAAUUGGUGUCAUCGUGACGCAUUUUCUGAACAUGGUUCGAGCUAGGCUAAAAAUAGUGCAAAUUUCAAGGCCGAAUAUCAAAAAAACUGUCCCAUCAAGCGGGACGAGACCGGUGUAGAUACUCGAAGAACAGUUUAAUGAUUUUUUUGACGCGGAGCGUAUACCUCCUUCCAGUGCUCUCUGACUCGGUAUCGUCGAUACAAACUUUUAUUUAGACGUUGUAUUCUACGCCUUGGAAGACUGUCAAAACACUAUGAUUAUGGGUAUAUUUUGGUUCUGUUAGCUUAAGCAGCUCUUGAGCUUUCUAUUGGUAUCAAUAUCUUGUGAUUUACUAUUAAUCUUUACGUCAAAAUAUUGCAAACCAUUUGGACAAAAACGAAUUUGCACAGGGCAGAAUGCCAAAAAAAAUUCUAGGCUUUUUCAUUGGGCGCCCGUUUUUCUUUUAUUUUUUCUUGACGUGCGGCGUACAUUUGACAAAAGUUUUGCAGAGAGCUCGAAUUUAUUUGUGACAAUUUGGAGAAAAAAACAGUAACACACAUAUAUCUCGGAAAAAAGAGAUGCCAAAGAAAAUUGGUCGAAUUUUCCAGCAACUUGACCUAUAACAGGUUCACCAUGGUCGAUAUCUCAAAAACUAUUUACUGUUUUCCUCUGAAACUUUCUAUAUCCUCCUGAAAUGUCAUAAAAAUGUAUCGGAAACUUUCAAAAUCUGCGCCUAGCCAAAAACCUAAGAAUGUCAGAUUUUUUCGGGCAUCUGAUGACCUAAAACAAGGUAUUUUGGUCGAUUUCUCAAAAACUAUUCAUUUUUUUCCUCUGAAACUUUCUAUAUCCCCCUAAAAUGUCAUAAAAAUGUAUUGGAAACUUUCAAAAUCUGCGCCUAGCCAAAAACCUAAGAAUGUCAGAUUUUUUCGGGCAUCUGAUGACCUAAAACAAGGUAUUUUGGUCGAUUUCUCAAAAACUAUUCAUUUUUUUCCUAUGAAACUUCCUGUAUCAUCCUAAAAUGUCAUAAAAAUGUAUUGGAAACUUUCAAAAUCUGCGCCUAGCCAAAAACCUAAGAAUGCCAGAUUUUUUCGGGCAUCUGAUGACCUAAAACAAGGUAUUUUGGUCAAUUUCUCAAAAACUAUUCAUUUUUUUCCUCUGAAACCUUCUAUAUCCUCCUAAACUCUCAUAAAAAUGUAUUGGAAACUUUCAAGAUUUGUGCCUAGCCAAAAACCUAUUUUAAUGGUUUGUUAGACGAGGCUUGAGGUUUAGUAUUCCGGUUUCAAAAUCUGCGCCUCGUCCGAACUGCAUUUUUUAUACCCGAAAUGGUAUGUUGUCUCAAGUGUAACAUAGCUUAGAUGUAAUUUUUAGUUUUCGGUGACAAUUACAAAAAUGUUCUACAUGAUCGAAAACACAUACCUGAACUCAAUUUGCGCUGAAAUAGCGCUUCGUUUUCUCGAUUAGGGCAUAUCUUUUUUUAAAAAUGAUGUUACAGUAUGCCGUCAUACGGUAAUUUUGGGCAAAAACAAAGAAAGCGAAUGUUUUGUGCCUAUCAGUGAUUAAGUUGACCAAUUUUCGUUCAAUUCUGAGACACUGAUUUUAACAAUGUCCGGGCCAAACUACGAUUUGUAAUAAAACGCGUUUUAAAUUAUUACUCUGAAAUUUUAUCAUAAAAUAUGCAAAAAAUCAAAAAUUUUAUCUUACCGGUAAAUUUACUGGAUCACAGGAAAAGUUUAAUAAAUUAUUGGAACCAUGCGGAUUCGAACCUGAAAAGGUCAAGGCCUGGAAGCGCGCUUCCAGACCACCGGACCAUUCGGUUCUUUUCCCUCCUGCUUUCGGAAGGGAGGACUAUUCGGAGCAGCUUUUUUUGGUCAAACAUUUUUGGUCGAUUAUCUCGGCUCCCAGAGUCCGGUGGAGGUAGCGGUUUUUAGAUUUGAUAUCUCCGUCCUACCCUCCCCAUCGCUGUAACAGUCGUUUUUUAAAAUCGAUCCGUGACUUAAGUGACUUCCCUUGUAAGCUAAAAAACUCCGCUUUGAAAAGCGCGCCCUUUCCUUCAAUAAGAGAGCGCUAGCUCCCAUUCCCUCCAACAAUAUUCGCAAUCAAAAAGCGCGCGCCUUUUGCGCUUCUCUCUUUCUAUUGGCCUUCUAUAUUUGCCGAAUUUUUUUGUUUUUUUCCCGGAGAAGGAGAAUGCGAGAAAAGAAAAAAGCGCGCGCUUUUUGAUUGCGAAUAUUGUUGGAAGGAAUGGGAGCUAUUGAAGGAAAGGGCGCGCUUUUCAAAGCGGAGUUUUUUAGCUUAGAGAAGGGAAGGAUUUGGAGUCAGUUUGGUCCCUUCCGGGAUGCAAAGUGAGACGUUUUUUGCCAUUGGAUCCGGUCCCUCACUGUAGAAUACUUUUUUUUUAAUUUUUUGCAUUUUGAAAUCAAAAAAAAAAAAAGAUUUUUUAAAAAAAAAUUAUUUUUUGGAGCGCGUAUUUUACCCCGCAAAUUUUUCAGAGACGCCAACAAUGUCUUCCAUCAUUUGUUCUACGAAGAAAACGUCGAUUUCGAAUCGAUCGACGACCCCCUCACCCGAAAUGCAACCCUCGGUUUCAUCAAUAACUUUGGCCAAACCCCGACUCAGCUCUUCAAAAAGCCCCAUCCAGCCAAGAAAAUCGCCAAUCUGGGGCAGUCCUCGGGCCUCACCGACAGAUCCCAGCCGAUUGUUACGGUGCAGCCGACGAAAGGAGUCACAACUCCGAUGACUUUUUACCAUACUUUGGAGACUCUGAGGCCAUCUCCGAAGCCAGUAAAAGGUAGGAAAUUGUGUUGUAUUUGGAUGAUUGUGGAAAAGACGAUUAGGGAAACCGAAAAGUAUUAUUUUUCUUCGAUGCAAGUGUCGGAAUUAGGAUAAUCGAGGGUGCUGAUUUUGAAAAUGACAUUUAUUUUUUUGAUUGUUACUUUUUUCCUUAAGUGGUACUGUAAAGUUGUAAUUUUUUGAUUUUUUUUACAAAUACUUGGUUUAUGAGUUUUCGAUGGCGCUGCUUUCAAACCAGAAAAAUGAAUAAGAUUUUCGAAAUCAGCAAGGUCGAAAACCCCCAAAUCGAGUAUUUAUGACAAAAAUUCAAAAAAUUACUACUUUACAGUACUAAAUAAAGAAAAAAGUAAAAAAAGCGAUGUCAUUUUCGAAAUCAGCGCCCUCGGUUAUCCUACUUUCGACACUUGCAUUGAAGAAAAUUAAUACUUUUUGGUUUCCCCAAUCGUCUCAGUAUCUGUUGUUUUAUCAAAAUUAUUGGAUUUUUGGCUCUUUGUCCCGUAAAAAAAUGUUAUUUCAGAGCUUCGCGCAGCCGUCGGAGACAUCCGCAUCAACGAAAAGAACCAAAUCAUCGUCAUGGAGCAAAACAAAAUGCUCGUCCCUCCACAAACCUUCAUGUCCUGGGGCUUCAACGACCGCUCCAUCCGAAUGGGCCAAGUGGGAAGCGACAAGAGUGUUUGCAUCUUCGAAACCAACGACGUCUACGAGAUUACGUCCAUGGAAACGGCGGACGGAAAGCUGAUCUUUGCCGGUCUAACGACCGGAACGGUCCUGGUCUGGUCGUUGGAUAUGAGCGGACGAAAAAGUGCGGCGGAAAAUCGCCGCGCCUCCACAAGCCAGACCUCAACACUCGCUGCAGCGGCCUCCGGAGCCACUGGCGCUUCCGUGGCAGGAGUUGUGGCAGGCUCGCAGCAGGGGCAACCUGUGAAAUCCACGUUACCGCCGACUUCUUCCACCUCGAGUUCUUCGUCGUCGUCCUAUUCGAAACGGCCAAGACUUCGGCCGAAGCGAGCGCUGGACGCGCACACUGACGUAGUGACUUGUCUAGCGGCCUGCCCAGCUCAUAACUUUCUGGUGAGCGCGUCCAGAGAUCAAACAGCGGUGAUCUGGCAUCUCACGCAGUUGUCCUACAUCAGACAGUUGACUGGUAAGAUAAAUAAGGUUUUUAUAUGGCUAUAUUACUAUUAAUUAACUUCCAGGCCAUCACAGCGCCGUCACAGCCCUCUCAGUGAACGCCACCACCGGAGAUAUUGCCACAGCCGCCGGUUCCCAUCUCUAUUUGUGGACUCUGAACGGCGACCCCUUAUGCCAAGUGAACACCAUUGAUUCGGGCCUGUUUUCGAACCCAUCAAGUCUAAUUCUAAGCCUCUCCUUCUCGACAUUCACGGAUUGGGACCCGAAGAAUGUGAUAAUGUGCGGAACAUCCGAUGGGCUGGUCAAAAUUUACUCGAUUGAGCUGAGAAAGGUCUCGGAAGAGGAGGAGAAAACGGAAAGAAGCAGUUCGACGAGUUCGAACUUGGCCAAUGACCCUAAUGCUUUGAAAGAACACUUUUUGAGGAGACAAAAGAGAAUCCAAAGCCAUCAGAGUCACUCAUUUGGAUCGAUGAGGUUGAGUGUGGACACUUCUCAUGAUUCACAGGUAAGGGUCAUGGAUAAUAUAAAUUUGGUUGCGUUUUGGGGAAAAAAAUUGAUUUAUACGAAAAAUGAGCUGUUUGGAGUCCAUUAGGAGGGUGGAAUUUUAAUUUGAGUACGUUUAGAAAAGCUUGUGGCAAUUGUUCUAAAAUUUGACGAAAUGCCAAAAAAAGUAUCGAUUUUUUUUGUAAGUGCGAGAGAUUGUCUUGGAUACGAAAAAUAAUCUGUUUCUAGUGUAUUAGGAGGGUGUAAUUUUAAUUUGAGCACGUUUAGAAAACCUUGUGGCAAUUCGUCCUAAAAUUUGACGAAAUGCCAAAAAAUUAUCGAUUUUUUGUAAUUGUGAGAAAUUGUCUUGGAUAUUGUUUUAGGAGGGUUUUUAAGACGUUUGAAGAUAUAAACUUGAAAUUCCCAACUUUUGGUUCCCACUAAAAUCCCAUUUUUCAGCUCUCCUCCCCUCUUCACACCCCAGUCUCCCUAAAAGGAGUCUUUACCGACGAUGACAGUGAUCCAUACAAACAAGAGAACCAUUCAGAAUCGUCUGAUAACUCCAACAAAACCUUCAAAUGGAGGAGAUUCUGCCAACUCCGACGAAUCCUCACCGAACAUACUGCCUAUCACAGCGAAAACAAUCGACCCGCCCCGAUCACAGCCAUUUUCCCAUCCAAAGACCAUCGGCAAAUCCUGGUGGGCGACGGCGUGGGGCGCGUCUGGAUGUGGAGCAUCGACAGUGGGAAUGGCAGCAAUGGACAGGCUGGUAAGGGAGUGUAA